AUUUUGAAUAACGGGUGGGCGGGAUCUCAAAACAGAAAAUGAAACUACUUCGACCAUUAUCAAGCGUGCAGUCCGGAUGCGCGAAAGUAUAAAGAAACACUUCAUUGCGUUUAUUCACUCCAUGGUACAGAAACUACAGGUUCACUGAAGGUGUUUCUACAUUUCUUAAACAUGGGCAUUUCCUCCAGGAACCUGUCCUGACAGCGUGUCAGUGCCCCCCCCCCCCCCCCCCCCCCCCCCCCGGCCCCAACCGCAAGGCCCUACCUUCAGACCGCUGCACCCCAGUCCCCAGUUCCUCCUCAUAUCCUCCUGAUAAGCCGUUACAUAGCAGCAGACAUGUCCUCCAACAUGUCCGUGGUGACGCUCCUCACGCUGACCCUCCUGGCGGCCAUGUUCCGGUCCUCGUCGGCCCACCAGGCCUCCUCCUCCAUCGGCCCCCAGGGAGAGGCCUCUAACGGGGGGGCCGCCGACCCGGCCUUCCCCUGGAGCCACCUGCGCCUUCCCAGCUACAUUGUCCCCGUCCACUACGAGCUCCGACUCCACCCUAACCUCACGGAGCUGAGGCUGAGCGGCUCCGUCAGGGUCCAGGUGGAGGUGAAGAACGACACCAACUGGGUGGUGCUCCACAGCAAGGCUCUGAACAUCUCCAACGCAAUGCUGCUGGACCACAGCAUGGCCGCCCUGUCUGAGCAGGUUCUCCCGGUCCUCCACCACCCGGGCCAUGAGCAGGUGGCGGUGUUCUCCCCCCGGGUGCUCAGCAGCGGCCACACCUACUUCCUCCACCUGCAGUUUGGGGCGGAGCUGACAGAGGGCUUUUACGGCUUCUACAAGAGCAGCUACAAGACCGGGGCGGGAGAGACCAGGGUCCUAGCUUCCACACAUUUUGAGCCCACCAGCGCCAGGAAGGCCUUCCCUUGUUUCGACGAGCCGAGCUUCAAAGCCAACUACACCGUCACCAUCCGGAGGAGUCCUGAGCACAUCGCCCUGUCCAACAUGCCCAUAGAGAAGACGGUCAGACUGAAUGAGGACCUGAUGGAAGACCACUUUGCCACCAGCGUGAAGAUGAGCACAUACCUCGUGGCGUUUGUUAUCUGUGACUUCAGAUCCGUCUCAGCGACCACCUCCUCUGGGGUCAAGGUGUCCAUCUACGCGGCCCCAGAGAAGCUGCACCAGACCCACUACGCUCUGGAGGUCGCCGUCAAGACGCUGGACUUCUAUGAGAAAUAUUUCAACAUUAACUACCCGCUCCCCAAGCAAGAUCUCAUAGCCAUCCCGGACUUUGAGUCGGGAGCGAUGGAGAACUGGGGUCUGACCACGUACAGAGAGACCAGCCUCCUCUACGACCCGCGCUCCUCCUCAGCCCAGGACAAACUCUGGGUUACCAUGGUGAUAGCCCACGAGCUGGCCCACCAGUGGUUCGGGAACCUGGUGACCAUGGUCUGGUGGAACGACAUCUGGCUGAACGAGGGCUUCGCCCGAUACAUGGAGUACAUCGCCGUGGAGGCCACCUACCCGGAGCUACACGUGGAGGAAUAUCUGCUCAACGUUUGCUUCGCGGCAGUGGGCCGGGACUCCCUCAACUCGUCCAGACCCAUCUCCAGCGCGGCGGAGAACCCCACCCAGAUCAGGGAGAUGUUUGACACCGUCUCCUAUGACAAGGGAGCGUGCGUUCUGCACAUGCUCAGACACUUCCUGACCGACGAGGUCUUCCAGAGCGGUAUUGUGCGAUACCUGCGCAAGUUCAGCUAUGGCAACGCCCAGAACCAGGACCUGUGGGACAGCCUGGCUAAUGCAAGAGACACCACUCACAUAACUCACCUUCCAUACCAUAAUACUUGCUCAGAAGAGGAUUUCACUUCAGGGAAAUUCUGCUACAACGACCGGCAAGCCUCGAAGAACGCGUACCUGUUUGCAGGAGAGCACUUGAACCUGACGGCCAUGAUGAACACCUGGACCCUGCAGAAGGGGGUGCCCCUGGUAACGGUUACUAGGGAGGGCUCCCGCCUCCUGCUCAAACAGGAACGCUUCCUGAAGGCCGUCCUGCCAUCGGACCCUGUCUGGGCCACGCUGCAGCAGGGGUACCUUUGGCACAUACCUCUGACCUUCAAGACCAGUUCGUCCAGAACGGUGCAUCGACACCUGAUGGUCACAAAGACAGACAGCGUGGACGUGGGGGACCAGGCGAGCUGGGUGAAGGUGAACACGGACAUGGCGGGGUACUACCUGGUCCACUACGAGGGCCGCGGCUGGGACCAGCUGACCCAGCUUCUGAGGGAGAACCACACGGCUCUGAGCUACCACGACAGAACCCACCUCAUACACAACGCCUUCCAGCUCAUCGUGACUGGGAAGCUGUCCAUGGGCCGAGCCCUGGACCUGAUCGGCUACCUGCCCUCUGAGACCCACACGGUGCCGCUCCUGGAGGGCCUGGGCUUCCUGGGGGCCUAUUACAGAAUGCUGGAGAAGACGGCGGAGCACGACGUCACCCAGAAGCUCAGGACGUACAUCCUCCGCUUCUUCGGCGACGUCAUCGACCGGCAGACGUGGGAGGACAAGGGCUCCGUGACCGAGCGCCACCUCAGGUCAGAGGUCAUCUCCCUGGCCUGCGACCUGGGCCACGCCCCCUGUCUGCGGCAGGCCAAUCAGAGAUUCGCAGACUGGCUCCACUCCGAGGGAAAACUCAGCCUGCCCGCGGACCUGACGGAGACCAUUUAUUCAGUCGGGGCCCAGGAUGAGCGAGGCUGGGAGUUCCUCCUCCACGCGUACACCGCGUCGCCGUCGGAGACGCACAAACACAAGAUCCUGUCGGCCAUGGGCAGCAGCAGAGACAAGAACAAGCUGAGCAGACUUCUGGAGAUGGCCCUGGAGGGGGAAGUUAUUCGCAACCAGGACUUGUCCACUCUGGUCUAUCUGGUGGCAAGGAACCCACACGGACAGCAGCUGGCCUGGGCCUUCUUCAAGAAGAACUGGGGCUUCCUGGUUCAAAAGUUCCAGCUGAGCUCAUUCUGCAUCAGGAGCCUAAUGGUGGGCACCACUGCCUGGUUCUCCUCAGCAGAAGAACUCUCGGAUAUGCGGUCCUUCUUCCAGUCCAUAGAGGAGCAGGCUUCACAGCUCCGGGCCACGCAGGUUGCCCUUGACAACGUGCAGAAGAACGUCCUGUGGAUGGAGAUGAACCUGGGGCCUCUGAGGGACUGGCUCAAUAGACACAUUCAUUAAAGUGCAAGUCAUCGCAAACGGAUAAACAACCCAUUCAACAUGAUCCAAAGGAUAUUUUUUUCUAUUUGUUGUUUGUUGUUUUAAUAAUUCUUAUUUUUUGACCUUUUUGGAAUGUGGAUUUUAUUCUGAAAACGUUGAAAUCAAAGACUGAACUGAGGUUGGUGUUUGGUCCUUUUUGUUGCAGCACUAUGGUUGACUUAAUAAAGUCUAAGCGCUGGAGGACUUUGUUUGUGUGUGUCUUUAAUUUUUGACCCAUUUAACUAACUCAUUUAAAUCGUUCAUGUUCACCUCCGCUUUCUGCUUAAGUAUGAUGCAAUUUUAACUUUAUUUUCUUCAAAGGUCGUUCAUGCAUUUUUGAAAAUCGUUAAUGAUUAAUUUAAAUCUGGUUUUUAAAUAUCUUUUGUUGUUUUUGUAUGUUUUAUCGUGUUUUUGUGAAGCACAUUGAAUCCGCCUUGUGAAUCAAAUGUGCCUUAUAAAUAAAGUUAACUUGACUUGA